GCUCCUGGUCGGCCGCAGCUCUAGGGUUCUCCUCCCGCGCUGCCCAGGGACAUGUAGCACGCUCUAGGCGCACACUCUACCUCACGCUCACAGAGACAAACACACGCACAGACCUGCUGGUGACUCAAGAGUUCUCAGCUCGAGGCGUCGGACAUGCUGAAACCCGGAGAUCCCGGCGGCUCGGCCUUCCUCAAAGUGGACCCAGCUUACCUGCAGCACUGGCAACAACUCUUCCCGCACAGCGGCGGCCCGCUCAAGGGUGGCGGCGCCGUGGGCCCCCUGGGAGCUCCACAGCCGCUCCAGCCCCCGCCACCCCCGCCGCUGCCUGCGGAGCGCGCCGAGCCCCCGCCGGACAGUCUGCGCCCGCGGCCCGCCUCACUUUCCUCUGCCUCCUCCACCUCGGCCUCCUCCUCCACCUCGGCCUCCUCCGCCUCAUCCUGCGCCGCCGCCGCCGCUGCCGCGCUGGCGGGUCUCUCGGCCCUGCCGGUGGCGCAGCUGCCGGUGUUCGCGCCCCUCGCCGCCGCCGCCGUCUCUGCGGAGCCGUUGCCGGCCAAGGACCUGUGCCUCGGAGCCGCCUCCGGCCCGGGCCCCGCCAAGUGCGGCGGCGGCGGUGGGGAUGGCCGGGGCGUCCCGCGCUUCCGCUGCAGCGCGGAAGAGCUGGACUAUUACCUGUACGGCCAGCAGCGCAUGGAGAUCAUCCCACUCAACCAGCACACCAGCGACCCCAACAACCGCUGCGACAUGUGCGCGGACAACCGCAACGGCGAGUGCCCCAUGCACGGGCCGCUGCACUCGCUGCGCCGGCUGGUGGGCACCAGUAGCGCUGCGGCCGCCGCGCCCCCGCCGGAGCUGCCGGAGUGGCUGCGGGACCUGCCGCGGGAGGUGUGCCUGUGCACCAGCACCGUGCCCGGCCUGGCCUACGGCAUCUGCGCAGCACAGAGGAUCCAGCAGGGCACCUGGAUCGGGCCCUUCCAGGGCGUGCUCCUGCCCCCGGAGAAGGUGCAAGCGGGCGCCGUGAGGAACACGCAGCAUCUGUGGGAGAUAUAUGACCAAGAUGGGACACUACAGCACUUUAUUGAUGGUGGGGAACCUAGUAAGUCGAGCUGGAUGAGGUAUAUCCGAUGUGCAAGGCACUGCGGAGAACAGAAUCUAACAGUAGUUCAGUACAGGUCGAAUAUAUUCUACCGAGCCUGUAUAGAUAUUCCCAGGGGUACCGAGCUUCUGGUGUGGUACAAUGACAGCUAUACGUCUUUCUUUGGGAUCCCUUUACAAUGCAUUGCCCAGGAUGAAAACUUAAAUGUCCCUUCCACGGUAAUGGAAGCCAUGUGCAGACAAGAUGCCCUGCAGCCCUUCAACAAGAGCAGCAAACUCUCCCCAGCCACCCAGCAGCGCUCCAUCGUUUUCCCACAGACGCCGUGCAGCAGGAACUUCUCUCUCCUGGAUAAGUCUGGGCCCAUUGAAUCAGGAUUCAGCCAAAUCAACGUGAAAAACCAGCGAGUCCUUGCGAGCCCAACUUCCACAAGCCAGCUCCACUCGGAGUUCAGUGACUGGCAUCUUUGGAAAUGCGGGCAGUGCUUUAAGACUUUCACCCAGAGGAUCCUGUUACAGAUGCACGUGUGCACUCAGAACCCGGACAGAAACUCCCAACAGUCCCAUUGGGGGUGCUCCAGGAAAGGACCCUACCAGUGCGGUCACUGCUCCCAGUCCUUUUCCCAACCUUCAGAGCUGAGGAACCACGUGGUCACUCACUCCAGUGACCGGCCUUUCAAGUGCGGCUACUGUGGCCGCGCCUUCGCUGGGGCCACUACCCUCAACAACCACAUCCGAACCCACACUGGAGAGAAGCCCUUCAAGUGCGAGAGGUGUGAGAGGAGCUUCACGCAGGCCACCCAGCUGAGCCGGCACCAGCGGAUGCCCAAUGAGUGCAAGCCAAUCACCGAGAGCCCAGAAUCAAUCGAAGUGGAUUAACUGAUUGACUGGUUGGAAUUAAACUGCAAGGAAAGUCAUGAUUAAAUGUCACGGACACUUAAGCAAAACCAAAGAUUUCCUCCAAGCAACUUUCAAUCAGUCCCAGAAAACCAAAAGCAGUAAUAAAAUAAGUAAGAUGUUAAGAGAGAUUGAUCCUGGCGUGGAAGUCAGACCAGGAAAGAGAUUAUUUAUUUAUGACUAGGGAUGAGACUUAUUUCAGUGGACAGCUAGCCUGGGAUGGCUCACAUUUCCAGUCUCACCAAGAAUUUGCUUUGUUUCUAAAAAGCUUUUUUAAACUGUUAUUUAAUACGAAAGGGUGGAAUCGCUUGGGUUCUCCUUCUGCCCACAGUUGUGACUAAGAAUGCACAGGGACUCGUUUCUCGUUGCACCUUUUUUUAGUAGCAUGAUUCAAGGGGAUCCAUUGUGCAGCCCUUCUUUCUGCUGUUUCAGUUCGGCCUGGCCUGAUGCUGGCUGCCCCAGAGGGGACCUGGAAGCAGAAGCGGCAGCCCCGGCUCGGUUGGUGCUGUCUCCAGCCCAGGAGGAAGUCCAGCUCUGUGCUUUCCACGCUCACUUCUCAUGCACUUUUCACAGCGGCUCCUUUCAUCCACAGCGUGGUCUUGAGGCAGGAGAGCCCAGAAAAGGAAGAAAGUGGCCUAAACAUCAAAAUUUGAGGGGGAAAAAAUGGGGGACUUACUGUGUCGUCAGGAUUUCAAAAACCUUUAAAAUAUGUGGAGCUUCAUAAUUCAGUAUAUUGUCCCGAAGCAGCUAGUUGAGAAAAUUUUGUUUUCAAUAACAUUUUAGCUUAA